AUGCAGCAGCGCAGGCGGGCCCUUUGGCUUGCCAUUUCCGCCCUUAUUUUAUUAAUAAUCACGUACUUUUUUUAUCUGUCUAUGCAGCACGACCCUGCACUUUUACCCACCAACAGCGAUCCAACGCCGCAAGAGCCCGAUAGCCAGGAGCCAGAAGAGGCCCCCAAAGAAACCACGAGACACCAUCCAUCAGCACCAUCGGUCGAGCGAAAUGCGACGCGCACACUUGUGAUUGCCAAACUACAGGAAGAGGAUACCUUAUGGGUCGACAGCCUUGUCCGGGAUGACCCUGAUCUUACCAGUGCUGUCUAUGUGGUGGAUAAUAAUACCAGUGCACCUUUCACUGUUCCCUUAAAUAAAGGCCACGAGGUGAUGGUCUAUUUAACCUAUAUAAUCGAUCAUUAUUACAGUCUCAGCGACAUCUCAAUAUUUAUGCAUGCUCACCAGAUCACCUGGCAUAAUAACGACUUCCUCGAUUCUGACUCGGCUAAGAUGGUCCGCCGGUUAAGAAGUCAAUAUAUACUUAAAAACGGUUAUAUGAAUCUUCGCUGUCAUCUUGAACCAGGAUGCCCAGACCAUAUUCAUCCAUAUAUAGGAAAAGAAUCUGAUGAUAUUCUUAACGUUCCCGAAGCUGCAGUUAUCGGUAUGGCAUGGGGUCAGCUAUUCCCCGGUAGCCCAGUGCCAUCCGUUCUUUCACAACCAUGCUGUGCACAGUUCGCUGUUAGCGCGGAUCAAAUUCGAAAGAUCUCUCUGAAACGCUACCUCGAAUUCCGUCAUUGGCUUCUCGUAACUGAACUCGAUGAUCGACUGUCUGGGAGAGUCUGGGAAUAUAUAUGGCAUUGGCUCUUUACAGGACAACCUGAGUUCUGCCCGGUUGAGACAACCUGUUAUUGCGAAGGCUAUGGGAUUUGUUUCGAUCCUAACGAGUAUCGGCUAUACUUUCAGAUUCGAGGCGAAGCGCGGAAGUUGGAAGGAGAGGUCCAGGAGUUGGAAUCAGAAGCGACCGACGCAGACACCACUACUAGUGAAAGGAUAACUGAGUUGAAAAGCAAGAUUGAUGAGCUGCAUGGGGAAAUGAAUGCGAUGAGAGCCCGGACGAAGGGUAUAGGGCAGUGAUUUUCCUGGUUUGAUGCACGAUCUGAGCGCACUAGCAUUGUUGGGUUCUCUCUCUGGUGGCGCCGAGUAUGUAUAUGCUACAUUUGUCUAGGUACUAAGGUGUUUCCGUUUCCUCACGUUAUCUGUUGUUAAUAUACCGUCAAUACAAUUGCCCGGGAAUGUGAAGUAAGGGCAUGCUUCUGGACUUAUGGACCCCCUGCGCGGGAGUGACAACAAGUGUUGCAAGUUCAUUGCCGAGCAAACUGGAUUUCCGGUUCUAGACUCUGCCUCUAAACGUGCACUGGAAUAUACCUGCUGUAGCUCAUGAUGCCAAAGAUGCUGUUCCAUGGGUCUUUUGUACCCAGAAAAGCCUCAAUACUUCGGAGCUAGGUAUUACCCUGACAAACAAGACAAACAAAAAUCAAUGAUAACAGUGCUGAUAUAAUCUUGAUA